GCCCAGUGCCUGUGCCUGUUGUGUGUUUCUUCUUGUGGCUCGAAUCUCAAAACUUGGCCGACUGGCUGCUGGCCAUAAUAUUCCUUUUUAAACGCUGCUCAGUACGCCGGCAGCUUUCUCCGUGUGCGUACGAAUCUUACGCAGACUCCACACUACAAAACAUCACACACCAAGCAAAAAACCGAAAAAGUGAAAGAAAAACUUUAAACAGAAAAAGGAGAUCGAUCGGUGAUCAUGUCGCCCGGGAUUCCGCCACCAACCGCCAACUUCCCCCAAAAUGAGAAAAAUAUAUAAAACAAAAAAUCCACUCAGCUCGAGCCGCUUGAUUAAUUCGCACACGUCAACGGUAUUCAAAUAAGCAUCUCGUGUACUCAUCGUGGCCGCAAUAAAAAACGCUUUAACUUUAACUACCUGCCAAAAAAACAACAACAAAAAAAUAAGAGCAAGCAUCAACAACAAACAAUAAAAUAAAAAAAAAAACCCCUAUAUUAUAACACUCAGUUUGGUUUAAAAAAUAUAAACAAAAAUUCCAGCAGCUCAACGGGCCAGAAUUUGGUUUGUUGCCGCUGCACUUGGCGGCUUCAAUCGAUAUGCGUUUACUUAUGGUAAUUGCAAUUUUAAUAUUCGCAAUGCCAAUGACAGGAUUCGGAUGGGCCGAGGGCACCAACAUCCUACUCGAUCCAAAUCUAAUGUGCAAAAAGACACGUCGCCUGCGCGGCAAGUUGGCCGAGAUCUGCCGCCAUGACUCGGCCCUCUUGAAAGAGAUCAUCAUAAAUGGCAUCAACCUGGGCUUCCGCGAAUGCGAAUUUCAAUUCCGCAACCGCCGCUGGAACUGCACAGUUCUACGCAAGAGCAUGAGGAAAAUCUUAAUGCGAGACUCUCGGGAAACGGGUUUCGUAAACGCUGUCACUGCCGCUGGAGUGACCUAUGCAGUCACCAAGGCCUGCACCAUGGGCACGUUGGUGGAAUGUUCCUGCGACAAGGCUCACAUGCGUCGGAACGGUGGUCAGUUCCAGAUGGUCACUGCGGAAACGGCGGGAGCUGCCCUCGAUCGCCAACAACAGGCCUCCAUGUUGCGGCAACAGUUGCCUCAGUCUCCCAAUCGCGAGAGCAACAACAGUAGUAAUGCCAGCAUUACAGAGUUAGGUCCAUUGGCAGGACGACGCAAUAAUGGACGGAAUGGGAGAAGGCCUGGUGGCAGGAAAGGACGUCGCAAGUUUUGGGACAACAUAAAGUUCCCAGAGGGAGAGUGGGAGUGGGGCGGAUGCAGUGACAAUGUGAACUUUGGCCUCCGGCACUCCAGGGUAUUCCUCGACGCCAAACAAAGGCAGAGGAGGAGCGAUUUGGGAACGCUGGUCAAGCUGCACAACAACAAUGCUGGAAGAUUGGCCAUUCGGGAUGCCAUGCGUCUGGAGUGCAAGUGCCACGGCCUCUCCGGCUCCUGCACCGUGAAAACCUGCUGGCUGAAGAUGCCCCCAUUCCGGGAAGUGGCCGCCCGACUGAGGGAUCGCUACGACAGCGCCCGGAAGGUGACGCUGCGGAAUGAUGGCGAUAGCUUCAUGCCGGAAAAUCCACACGCGCGACCGCCGAACAAGUACCAGUUGGUGUAUGCCGACGAAUCGCCAGACUUUUGCACACCCAACCCCAAAACCGGAGCCCUCGGCACCCAGGAUCGAGAGUGCAACAUCACCAGCACUGGAUCCGAUAGCUGUGACCGCUUGUGCUGCAAUCGGGGGCACCGACAUAGGACCGUCGAGGAGCAGACCAACUGCAAGUGCGUCUUCAAGUGGUGCUGCGAGGUGACCUGCGAGAAAUGCCUGGAACAUCGGGAGGUCAACACCUGCCUGUGAACCUGCCAGCCACCCUAUCAUUUGUAUUAUUAUUUAAUUCGGUUUAGUCAGGAACAGAAUUUUGAAAGCUUUCCAUUUCGCGUGAUAGAAAACAUACACAAACAAACACCCAUAUACAGAAAACAUUUGGCUGCUUAAGUAUUAUUAUUCUAAUUAUAACUAACAGUAUCACUAAUAAUUUUUAGAUAGUUGUAAAUAAAAACACCCAUCAAUUCAUGUAAGCUUUGUAAAUAGUUGUAAUAAAAACUAAAA